CCUGUCUUAGAGCGCAGCGAUGGAGGAAACUGUAAUAUGGGAACAGCACACAGUGACCCUUCACAGAGCCCCAGGGUUUGGGUUCGGCAUAGCCAUCUCAGGGGGCCGGGACAACCCUCACUUCCAGAGUGGUGAGACUUCCAUUGUCAUCUCCGACGUCCUGAAGGGAGGCCCAGCAGAGGGACUCUUAUCGGAAAAUGACCGUGUGGUAAUGGUCAACGCGGUGUCCAUGGACAACGUAGAGCAUGCGUACGCAGUGCAGCAGCUUCGGAAGAGUGGAAAGAACGCAAAAAUAACGAUCCGAAGAAAACGGAAGGUUCAGAUCCCGGUGUCUCGCCCGGGGGACAGGGAGACUAUGUCCGAGCACGAGGAAGAGGACACUGAUGAAGACGAUGGUUACGAGCAGCACAGCGGUCGCAGCGGGCCCACCAGCGCCUAUGGCGCGGCGAGUGGCGGCACGGCCAGCAGGCGGACGAAUGACCGCGAGCGUGAACGCAGCAACAGCAGCCGGCGGGAGCACAGUGCCUCGCGAGAGAGGAGCAUCUCACCCCACUCUGGCCGAUCCCAAGGCUCCUCUACACCGUCCCGCCCUGCCAAAGUCACUCUUGUCAAGUCCCGCAAGAAUGAAGAGUAUGGUCUGCGUUUGGCCAGCCACAUCUUUGUGAAGGACAUCUCCCCAGAGAGCCUGGCAGCACGGGACGGAAACAUCCAGGAGGGAGACGUGGUGCUGAAGAUUAACGGCACAGUGACAGAGAACCUGUCGUUAAUAGAUGCUAAGAAGCUGAUCGAGAGGUCAAAAGGCAAGUUAAAGAUGGUGGUGCAGAGAGACGACAGAGCCACGUUGCUCAACAUCCCCGAUAUGGACGACAGCAUUCCUUCCUGCAACAACUCCGACCGAGACGACAUUUCAGAAAUUCAUUCACUGACAUCAGACCAUUCCAGUCGAUCCCAUGAUCGAGCACGGGGCAGCCGAUCCCGCUCCCCUACCCGGUCUGAGCCCUCGGACCCCUCCCGACACUCACCACGGCAGAUCAGCAAUGGCAGCCACAGAAGUCGAGAUGAGGAGAGGAUUUCCAAGCCCGGGGUGAUGUCGACUCCUGUUAAAGGGUCCCAGGAGGCCCUAAUCCAGGCCAUCAGCGACCAGCCACUGGCCAGAGAGGACAAACUGCCCCCGCUGCCAGGCGAGGUGGAUGCACCACCACCCUGCUCUGAGGUGGAAUGGCUGGAGGGAGAAGAAACAGAGGAAGGGAAGGAGGGAGGAAGGAAGAAGGAGAAGAAKAAAGGACUAGGUAAUGUGGAAUAUGGUCUGGGUUUAGCUGACUGA